CGUUCUGGCUGAAUUAGAUUUCGCACCACGACUCGGGUAUGUUCUACGUCAAGUACUUGCCGACAAAACCAGCACCAACUCAGCUCACAAACCAACAACAACCUCAGCAGUAACCAAGUAACCAAGAUUCACGAUGCCUCGUAAGUGGCGUGUCGAUGGGGAUGACGGCCGUCUGCCCGAGGGCCUGAGGCGGGUGGCGUAUGAUACGGAAUCACAGAUGUACACAUACGAAUCCGUCGAUGGCUCCGAGGAGUACAGGGGUCGGCCUGGGUGGCGGUACGGCGAACUUAACCGUACCCGAACUACCCAUCCGGUGCGCGCUGCUCAGUCAUCGACGCCAACGCGCUCCCAUACCUUCUCGCAGGCCCGCCCUAAGGGCCCCCUCGCGUCCAACAACAACACCCUCAACAACAACAAUGUCUUCCACAACACCAUCCACAACAACAUCACUCACAACAACAACUCCUUCCAUAGGAAGACCAACCAUAACCACCCAACCCCCUCCUCCUCUGGUGCUGCUCGCAACCCUCGAGCAGCUUCCUCAACCCUCUUAUUCUCAUACCCAUCCCCUCCUCCCCCCUACCGCACCCCCCCUCGCCGUGCCCGAUCCAACACCACCGUCACCGCAGCAGCAAACAACCCCUCCCCUCCCUCCUACCACUCCUCCAACAACAGGAGCAACAACACCUUCAGCACCACCCUAGGACCCAAUCACUCCUCCCUAAUCAACCCAACCUCCUCCUACCCUCCUCCUCCCUCAUCCGCCUUCCCCACCCCCACUGGCCCAGGCUACCCCCGUCGAAUGGAAACCAUUCCCGCUCGCGUGCCCGAACUUCAGCGGAACGGGGGGACCGCCACGGCCUCGUCCGGAGGAGGUCCUGUUUUCACUUCGCCGCCGCCCAAGCGGAGGAAGUCGCUGGUGGGCGCGGUAUUUGGGUUCAGCCGCAAUGCGCUUGGGUUUGUCAAGGAGGCGGCUAUUGUCAAGGCAGAGAAGUGGAGCGAGGGGUUGAAGGAGGUUAAGGAGGAGAUGAACGCUAGGAGGGAGGAGAGGAGGGUGAAGAGGGAGGAGUAUGAGGGGGGGGAGGGGGAGAGGAGGGGGAGGAGGAGGAGGAUGUUGACGAGGAUGGGAAGGUGA